AUACAAGCUUUCUGCGUUUGCUGUUUUUACAUCAAUCAACUUGCGACAUCGAUUUUAGACCGUUUGUUUAUCAUUUACAGUAUAUUCCCUCGAAUCGGAGUUUUGGAAAUUUUCUUAUUUUAUAUCUAUGGUGCAGUAGACAAUGGCUGGACCUCCUGGAUUCGCGUUCCAGCCAGAAUGGGACAUAAAUGAAGCACCAGUCGUAGGAAAUGGAUACCCUGCUGCCGCGGACGAAGACCCUGAUCCAGAGGCUAUCGCCCAGGCCCAGGCAGAGGCAAGGCUUGCCAACAACGAGUGGUGUGGCUGUGGCAACUGUGUUGUGAUGCCCACAGCUAUUGAAUGUAUUUGUUGCAGAGAAAUAGCAAGGUGCUUGGACCUUCAGGCUCAUGGUUGUGUCAGAGACCACGAAGAUUUUGUUAGAGUAUGUCUAACGAGAGUAGUAUUGCGUGUUUUCAACGUUGCUCGGAGGGACAUUCGCGGACACAGAGCCCGUGCACGUGUUAGAGGAAGAGCCCCAAACCAAGAACUUGACAACAAGUCGUAUCGUUAUGCCAGCUAUAGGCUUUUUACGUACCUGGUGCAUGGGUACCUUGGAAGGGGCGUCCGGAAAGUCAUACCCUCCUGUGUUGUUUCAAGGAUCCGCCAGGAAUUCCCACAGCCAUCAGGGGUCUAUAUAGGAUUUCGGCGCGGGGAGGACAACGAAGACAUUGAAGUUCCUGAACACCAUGCAAUUUAGCUACUUUUUUUUUUUUUUUACUUCAGAAUGGUACAAGAGACAGUGAAAUUUCUUUUUAUUUUGUUUUACCCAUUAGUAUCCCAUUAAUUAUUAGUAUAUUACCCAUUAAGUAGUAUAUUGGCAAGUGAAUUUUUGAUAGGGGAAGGAGAAGAUGACUUGAAUGAUAUACAGUGGAAUAAUGUAGGUUAUGAUGUAGUCAUAGUCAUACAUCUCUUCCUUUUAUUUUCCCCUUUUUCUGCCUUGUUUUACCCAUUUAUUAGUAUCCCAUACAUUGGCAAGUGAAUUUUUGAGAGGGGAAGGGAAAGAUGACUUGAAUGAUAUACAGUGGAAUAAUGUAGGUUAUGAUGUAGUCAUACAUCCCUUUAUUUUGUUCCCCUUUUUCUGCCCACAUGUCCCAAUUUUUUCCAGUACCAUACAUGUAGUCUACAGAUUUUCCCAGAAAGUUACAUAAGUAUGUUUACUCGUGUGUCUGAUGCAUCACUGUGGUGGUGUAUGAUCCGAUGUGCUGUAGGAAUACGCAAUGUGACCAAUUUAUUUUUUUUUGUGAUAGCUUUAGCUAUGUUACUAAAAUUAUGUACACGAUAUCACUUCCUUUGUAUUUUCAUUCAUCACUAAAAUUGUUGGUUUGUAGAAGAUUUUAGACCGAUGCCGACAUGAAGGUGUUAUGGUGCCUGAUUGCCUGUUGAUAAUGUUUAUUUUGAUGCAAGAGUUUGGAUACAGUUUAUAUUCAUGAGGUCAUGGCAUGCAAGUUAUUGUGUAUGGUAUUUGUAACAGGAUUCUGUUCUGUUCUAUUACAUGUAGGAUAAAAACAAAAAUAUACAGUAUAUUAGAGCCUUAUCUUGUACAUGUACAUUGCUAGAUUUCCACAGCUGACACUACCUUUGCACUUACAUGUUUGUGAUUUCAAAACCAAUAAAACUCAUAAAUAUUUUUUUUAAAUCUUUGUACAUACAUGAUGUAUGUACAAAGAUAAAAAAAAAAUUAUUUAUGAGUUUUAUUGGUUUUGAAAUCACAAACAUGUAAGUGCAAAGGUAGUGUCAGCUGUGGAAAUCUAGCAAUGGCCAUAAUUUUUCCUUCCUAUGGUAAGAGUUGAACACAUUUAUUAAUAAAUAACAGACACAGAGGACGCAUAUUUUAUAUAUAACACUAGUAAAUACUUUGAAUUUGUAUGUCUACCUAGAUGUUGGUAUUGUUACAUGUAGGUGUCCAGAGUCUUUAGACAUGUCUGUAGCGAGAUAAAUUGCGAAUAUUCGUCAUAUUUAUGAUUAUGGUUUAGAUCAUAAUAAAUUAGUAUUGGUGUGUAUUAGUGUUGUUCAUGUAUAUAUCCAUUAAGUUUGUCCAUGAAAUAUUAGAGAAUAUAUUUGUAGGGUCUCAACUACACUUUUUUAAUGAAAUGAUAUAAGAAAAUGCCUCUUACAUGUACAUUCAUAUCAACUUGUGUUAUACAAUGUACUUUGUACCCGAGAUACGUGUAUUACCAGGUUCGUUGCCAAUUGUCAAUUCAUGAAUACCCCUUUAUUUACAAGUCACAUUGUUUUUAGUAAUAUAUACAUGUACAUGCAAAGUUUACAUGUACAUGAAUGUUCAGAGAAAUAAAGCAUGAAUUACAGGA